AUGGACGGUUUGGAGACGACAGAGGAGACAACAUUUAUCGUCGAUGAAGUAGCUAACAUCGUGAAGGAGAAUAUCGAAAAUACUGUCGGCUCUAGCACUUAUGUUCACAGUAAAGUUAACCAGUGGACUUCGACGAUUAUUGAACAAGUUCUUAAUCAACUUACAAAGCUUGGAAAACCUUUCAAAUACAUUGUGACGUGUGUCAUAAUGCAAAAAUGUGGUGCUGGCCUUCACACCGCGAGCUCUUGCUACUGGGAUAAUACCACUGAUGGUAUGCUUAAGUUCAUUACCUUUUUGCGAGUCUUUUUGCUAUUUACAAGGUGUUAA